UCCCCUUUUUUUAACAUCCGGAAGGUGGGGCUUUUGUUGCAGGAGCGGUUAGCUUGUGGAGAAUCCAAUGCAUCGAAAUGCUCUAUUAAUGCAGUCGUCAAGAUAACACUAACCGAGGGCAGAAAUAACACGAACUCCGGCGUUGGUUCUGAGUGUCUGGCUGCAGAGGGAGUGUGCGCUCGUAUGCGUGUGGAAGAAACACAAAGAAGAAUCCAGUGAUGGCGACCGGUAAAAGUAAAAACCAGAGCUCUCUGGCACUGCACAAGGUGAUAAUGGUGGGAAGUGGAGGCGUGGGGAAGUCGGCCCUCACCCUGCAGUUCAUGUAUGACGAGUUUGUAGAGGACUACGAGCCCACAAAGGCAGACAGCUACAGGAAGAAGGUGGUUCUGGACGGGGAGGAGGUCCAGAUCGACAUCCUGGACACAGCCGGCCAGGAGGACUACGCUGCCAUCAGGGACAACUAUUUCCGCAGCGGGGAGGGCUUCCUGCUGGUUUUCUCCAUCACCGAGCAAGAGUCUUUCUCAGCCACCGUGGAGUUCAGGGAGCAGAUCCUGCGGGUGAAGGCGGAAGAGGACAAGAUCCCUCUGCUCGUGGUGGGCAACAAGUCUGACCUGGAGGAGCGCAGGAAGGUAUCGGUGGACGAAGCUCGGGGGAAAGCCGAGGAGUGGGGCGUCCAGUACGUCGAGACGUCAGCCAAAACCAGGGCCAACGUCGACAAGGUAUUCUUCGACCUAAUGCGUGAAGUACGGGGCAAGAAAAUGUCAGAAAACAAAGACAAAAACGGAAAAGGAAAAAACAAAAAGAACAAGAAGAGCUUCAAAGAAAGAUGUUGUUUACUUUGAGCUCGUCAUGGACCUUAAAAAGCCACAAUAAGUUUGGGGGGGGAGGGGCGUCCUUUCUACGGUCAUUCAAAUUCAAAUUGAUUUUUAUUAUUUUUUUAAAUAUAGCUGGGUUUAGUUUAGUGUUUCUAAAAGUCGCAACCCCUUUGUUUUGUUUUCUAAUGGAUGAAAUGUGAGUUGUGUGAGUUUCAUUGGAAAAUGACCACUGUCGUGACUCGCUCGGCGGCUCCUCGUGAGCCAGCGACCAAACUGCCACUGACACUAACGUUGCUGCUCGAGACGUUCUCCACUGUUCCGACUCAGCGAGUACCCGGCCCUUCAGUGUGUUUUACGCUUGAAUUGUAUGAGUCUCUUGUCAAAUUUACAGUGCUAUUCAUUUCUUUACCGGCUAUGAAUCUUAACCUGCAUAAUUCUAACCGCGUCGUAUCCCUCGAAUCUCUGUUCAUCAAUUUACAAGAAACUCAAAUGCUGCUGUAUUGUCAUUUUUGUAAUCGUGUCCGAUGACUCUUUAUGUCAUGUCUGUUGAAGAUGUUGGCCUCAUUCACUAAUCUGUCCAGACUCUCGUCAUUACACCUUGAGAGCACGUGAAACCGGAAGCUUCAAACAUUUAUUUUUUUCAUUUUUUAGGUCAUCCAAGGGUUUAUAAUCGUCUGACCACAAAAGAACGUGUGUCCAACGGGGUUAUUUUAUUACACCAUCGGCCCUUCUUGAUAUCUGCAAAUCCACCCAAAAGAUUCUCUGCAGCUGUCCAGGAGGACCGCUGGUAAUAUCUUAUGUGACUGUAAAACACAUUUGUGACGAGGUGGUUUGUCGCCGUGCUCACGGCGCUUCAUGUCCAUAUUAUAACCCAUUGACUGUCAGAUAUCCUGAGGCUGUGAAAAGGUCGCCAUGUGGUUGCCACUGAUCUUUAUGUCCGUGUGUUCAUGUAAUCCUUCUCAACCUUCUCGCACGGCAGACGACUUCCCGUUUGACACGUUGAAAUCUCCAGUCUGUACUGUGAGACGGGCGCCGACAAUCCAGGAGGCCGUCGUGGUUCUUGGUGCACGAUGGCGUUAUAAUCAAUUACUUAUUAGUCUUUUUAUACCGUGGUCCUUUUUAAUAACAUGCACUACAUUGCCAAUACCUAAGGAGACUUUAUGCCUCGUGUGGGGAUAUAAAUUUGUGCCAACUAAAUUUUGUGUGUGUGUGUGUGUCACCAACUAUCUUUCUGUGUCUAAGUGAAGCUUUGAAGAAGGUGCCAACUUCUUGACUGUUUAAUCAAGUGCUACAGUGAACAAGAUGUUUCUACCGGUGUUUGUAACCCUUUUACUUUUCCUGAUUCUGCUUUUCACUCACUACAGAUAGCGUGUUGCCGAAUAAAUGCUUUUUCUUUGUAA